AUGAGGGAGGUCCACCCAGAAGAUUAUGCCGAUAUACAGCUUUCCGACUUUCGGCAUCUGAUGGACUACCUUAUAACGUAUGCAAGCACGGAUGUCAGGGAAUCCGUUCCGGAUCUGCAGUAUCGGGCUCCCACGGUUGUUCGGGGCGUGAAGAUUUGCUGCGAUGGGGAGAUAAAACUUCAUGCAUCGGAGCCGUUCGUUUCAAUUGACGUGAGACGCUCAACCAGAACUAAUCUCUCUUCUAUCCAGGGCGAAUCUAAUUCGCCGAUUUCCGCUCUCCUUGGCAUACCGCUCAAUUUCUGGAAAGACCCAAGUGCUGAAUUCCACGUUAACCCGCCCGGCUGGGAUGCAACACAGUGGGCAAGCAGCAAUCAGAAUGUGGCAUUCAUGAUGAUGAGAACCAAUCCUUCUGAUCCUUCAUGGGGAUGGGCUCCUCUGUAUUGGAACCACGAUAUUGGAAAUGUGUGGGUUGUCCGUGAAGACGGGCAGGAUCUGGAUGUGCGUGAAGUAGCGAUGAUGUGUCACUUCGCCAGGUUCAAGCUCCAACGAAUGUUUGAGGAUACGAUAGACUCAAAAGACUCCACGCUUCAAGAUAGGAAGCGCGUUUUGAAAUAUAUUACGCGCGAAAACAUGCGAGCGUUUUGGGAGGAGACUGGUGGUGGUGAAGCGGUCCGUAGCCAUGAUGAUCUGAGCGACUGA